ACAUGCUGAGAUCAAUCUGUUCAUUUACCUGCACUGAUCACGUCGAUCAAACAGCUCCAUUGAACAGUACCCAGCCUGCCGAUUCCAUUAGCCAUCAUGAAGUCUGCAGUAGUACUUUGCCUUCUUGUUGCUGUCAGUGCUGCCAUGCCAUACGGCUACCAAUCUAGUUACGCUGGUAACAAUUAUAACAAUGGCUACCAACCUAGCAGUAACUACAAUGGCUACCCCGGAGGCUACAAUGGUUACAACAAUGGAUACCAAGAUAAAGGUUACAACAACGGCUACGCCGGAAACAGCUAUGGCUAUUCUGGCAACAGCUACAGCAAUGGCUACCCUAGCGACAGCUACAGCAAUGGCUACAAUGGCAACAGCUACAACAAUGGCUACAAUGGCAAUGGCUACCAAAACAACGGCUACAAAGGCUACAGUGGAUACUAAAUAAAACCAAUAUACACUCAUGAAUUCUACUUCUUUUUGGAGUACAGAUUUCAUAGUGGAACGACGAGAUCUAAUAAUUGUUUGUAGAUUGAAUAGUACUAAUAAAGAUUCACUAAAACUAA